AUAGAAGACACAUUCAUUUCGUAUUUCAAACAAAGUAUAAAGUCAAAUAUCGGAUCAUUCAGACGUUUGCUGUUAUUUGAUAACUUGAGCCACUCAAGUCAACAAUAACAUUCGUGAAUCUCCGUAUCCACUCGCUCUAUUGAAAUCUAAUGGUUUGUUUAAGCAAUUUUCACGUUGGAUAUUUUACAAGAUAAAGACAGGUAAUAUAUUUCACUGUUAAGCCAAGGUCCAUCUACACCAUGUCUCGGCUGGACAGGGCGAUCCCGGUCUGGGUUUACAAUUGGUUGCUCAUCUCCGCCCUCAUCUGCAUCAUUGACGGAGGGUUCUGCGUGCUCCGGCCCCACUCUCUCCCCGGGGGAUGUCUACAAAUGCUGUUCUAUGCAUAUAAAUAUUACAUACUGUGGGAUAAACAUUACGCUGACGAGACGGACUCUUUUAUUUGGACUCAAGGAUUCGGAAAUCUAGUAGAAUCCGCCCUGAACCUAGUUGUCUAUUUCAACCUUAUCAAGUCGGUCCGCUUGAGCAAGAUGUUGGCCAUCGUGGUAUGCGUGAUGACCGCUUGGAAGACGGUGUUGUUCGACAUCUACUCACUGGACAUUGGUCAAGGGGGCCACACUGUGGACUGGUUGUCUGAAGUCAUGGUGUUUGGAGCUUCUCUCAUUUGGAUCUUCUUUCCUGGCUACGCUGCCUGGGUUCUGAUGGAGGACUUUUUACCUAUCCCUAAGACAAACAAAACCCAUUCGUCAGGAGGACGUGGUGAAGAUUCGCCUGACUCCCCUUCUCAUGGUUACAAUUUACGGAGCCCAACGUAUAAACGAGAAUAGCUUAUCAUAGUGUGCUCAGAAUGUCAUAGUCAGCUCAAAUAAAAUACCUUAACACAACUUAACUCGACUCAUAAGAUGAUAUUUAUCAUGCGCAUUGUAUUAAAACAACUGUUCAUCACAUUUACAUUCAAAAUGCCGUUAUGUGCAAUGGAUAUAGAUGUCGGUUAUCUUUGCAAUGUGUAAAACUUACUUCUAACAUGUUGCAUUAUUAUAAACGUUUCCACACAGAAUGUCCAUGAAGAAUGUUAAUGUAUUGAUGAAGACAUAUGAUAUAAAAACAAUAAAUAACUCGAAAAGAUA